GAUGGCACCAUGCGUGGUGCUUUUACCAUUGCUACUGGCAGGUUUAAUUUCUUUUCAACCCAUCGGUGCCAUCGUACGAGGUGAAACUGAUCGUAGUCGGAAGCUGACGUUUCCAUUUGCCGUAUCGCUGCAGCUAGCCGACGACGAUAGGUCCCACUUUUGUGGUGGCACGCAUCUGGGAGAAGGAUGGAUACUGACCGCGGCACACUGCAUUAUUUCGCUAAAAAAGGGCAAUCUUACACAAAUCUUCGCACAGAUAGGUGGACACAAUCUGAACGAUAGUAGUGCCGAUCGUUACCCAAUCGUCGAGACACACAUUUUACGCAGCUACAAUCCUGUAACGAUGGUGGGCGAUAUUGCAAUGUUGCGUGCCGCUCUACCCAUCGCACGUAAGUUUCAAUCCGAUCCACAGGCACCGUUGCGCCUUCCGGACGAUAGCUACCAUACAGCGAUUAACGGUGAGCAGUGUUACAUCUUCGGAUAUGGGUCCGAUUCGUACGAUGGACCGAUCAGCAGAUCGCUUCACUAUGGCACAGUGUUGGCACUCGAUCUGGACAGUUGCAUUGGAAUGAUGGGUGCCGUCGUAGCACCGCCACCCGACUCUGGAAUGUUUUGUGCCAUCGGACGGUCCGAUGCUUGUAAGGGUGAUUCCGGUGGAGGAUACGUUUGCCGUGGGCCAUUUUCUACCCAGUUUGUGUUGCGUGGCAUAAUAUCGUAUGGUGUCGGUUGUGGUGCACCGGGAACGCCUGGCGUUUACACGGACGUCGGUUACUAUUUGCAGCACUAUCCGAUCGGUACCAUUAUUGGUUUUUCUUAA